GUCCCGGCUGGUCCUCUCCUCGGGGCUCCUGCAGACACCUCAAACGCAGGCGCGGUGGCAGAAGCUGGGAGGGCCGAAGAGCUCUGCACUGCAGCCACCUGCGCCGCGGCCCGGACCGAGGGCGCGCUUCCAGGCGCCCGGGGCGCCGCCGACUCACGGCGGCGCGAGGCGGUGCGGUCGGCCGGGCAGCGGACCCGGCGGGGGAGCGGGGGAGCGGGCGAGCAAGGAGUUAAGCGGCGCCGGAGGCAGAGUGCUUGUCAGACGCGAGCAUGUGCAGUUUGCACCGCAUCCGUACUAUGGGGACAAAUGGAAGCCACCCAUCCACUAGCCGAGGAUCAGCUGAGCCCUGGGGCUGAUGCUUGCCCACACUGUUGAGAAUGGCACCGAGGCCCAGCCAGGCACCGGGACAAAGGUUAACCCGGGACACUCCUGGACAGUGAUCCUGAUGUCUGUUCGGAGCCGCGCACUCAAGGGUGUGAUAACCAGCCCCAGUCAGCGCCAUGGCUUCCGCCGAGCCCCUGACGGCGCUGUCCCGCUGGUACCUGUACGCCAUCCAUGGCUACUUCUGCGAGGUGAUGUUCACGGCGGCCUGGGAAUUCGUGGUGAACUUUAACUGGAAGUUCCCGGGGGUCACGAGCGUGUGGGCGCUCUUCAUCUACGGCACGUCCAUCCUCAUUGUGGAGCGCAUGUACCUGCGCCUGCGCGGCCGCUGCCCGCUGCUGCUGCGCUGCCUCAUCUACACGCUCUGGACCUACCUGUGGGAGUUCACCACCGGCUUCAUCCUGCGCCAGUUCAACGCCUGCCCCUGGGACUACUCCCAGUUCGACUUUGACUUCAUGGGCCUCAUCACCCUGGAGUACGCCGUGCCCUGGUUCUGCGGGGCCCUCAUCAUGGAGCAGUUCAUCAUCCGCAACACCCUCCGCCUCCGCUUUGACAAGAACGCCGAGCCCGGGGAGCCCAGCGGCCCCCUGGCCCUGGCCAACGGCCACGUCAAGACUGACUGAGCUGGGGGAGGGGGGUGGGCUGGGAGGCUCUCAUGGAUCCUGUGGACAAGGGUACCAAGCUGGUAGGGUUGCCCCCUCUGUACAGCACAAGCCCUGCCCCGUAGGGCACUCGGAGCCCCCGUGCCCCACCCCCCGCCACCGUGGGCGGGCGUUGGGGGCGUGGUCAGGCGUUGGGGGCGGGGUGUGGAGGCGGCAGGGGCACUUCGGGUAGGGUCUGUGGAUCUCAGCCCAGCUCAGCGGCGGGAGGCCUGUGGCUACACAGGGACGGGACUACGUGGGUGACUUUGGAAGCAGCAGGCCCUGUCCUGACUAAGGGACACAGAGUGGAGCAGAAGGUGGGAGGCAAAGCCUGAGGAGGCUUUGGGCUGCUGCGGGGGCCACCUGCCUCCCUCUCACCUGGUUUAGUUGGGCUUCAGCUGGUUCCAUUAGGCAAUAUUCAGGUGCUUGCUUGCAACCAAUACCUCCCCCAGGGGCCUGCUGAGCUGCAGCCUAAGAAGAGACUGGGCAGCCAGGAGGCUGCUGGGCAGGAGUGCUGGUCUGCAAGGGCUGGGAGGUCUUCCCUUGGCUCCUUUCCCCUCCCCCAGGGUCCCACGCUGAUCCCUUGGCCUUCGGGGGCUCCCCCCCUGGUGCUGGAUUCCCACCAACCUUGGGCUUUUGGAGGUUUCAAUCCCUGUGUGUUCGGCAGCAUUUCCCCCUUUUCUCUUAUUUUCAAAGCCUUUACCACUAGCAGCCCCUUUAUCCAUGUAAGCACCCCACCUGCCCCACCCACAACUCCCUAGGCAACACAGCAGCUGCCAGAGAUAGAGCCCUGAGCAGACCCCUCCCACCCUCUUGCAGCCUUCCCUCCACUAUUGUCGAUGGCCCGAUUCCUGAGAAGUCCCCCCUUAUGCCUCCCCACUUGCCCCGGUCUGGGGGAUUGUGGCAGGGCCCCUGGUGCUCACCUCCUUGCAGUGGCUAAAAAUGAAUGAUACCCCCAACGCAGACUCAGGCCAUCAUGAGCCCCAUGGAUCCACAGUGGGGACCUAGAGACAAAUCAGUGUGAAGGGGGGAAGUUGGGCAGUAAAGGUACCUGACUGGUUUAUUUUCAAACCAGCCGGGACAGUCUAGCUUUCUAGGUGGUGGAGGAGCCGGUAUGCAGUGGUGGAGAGUCAUGGAGACUGAGGGAGGGAGAAAGAGCCUUUCAGCUUUGGGAGGGUCUUCGAAGCAUCCUUAGUGGGAAUGGGUCAGUACUGGUUCUGCCAUAGCCCCAGCCCUGCAGCAAAACCUCCUCAGGGCUACCCCGUCCUCAGCCCUCCCAGAAAGGCUGACCCACUGAGCUUGCUCCUUAAACAGUAUUAACCCUGCCGUGCUCAUGGGCAUUGUCAUCUCGGUUGCCCCGCCUUCCUCAGUGACAGGUCCAUUGCUGGCAGUAGACAGGUGAAAUCCUAACUCCAGCCCACUUCCAGCUCUGCCCCCUCCCUGA